CUGGUGGUAAGGCUGGGAAGAAAGGACAGUGGGAAGGCUAAGGCCAAAGCUGUAUCUCGCUCUCAAAGAGCAGGACUGCAGUUCCCUGUGGGUCGUAUACAUAGACACUUGAAGACUCGCACUACAAGCCACGGAAGAGUUGGUGCUACAGCAGCAGUGUACAGUGCUGCCAUUCUGGAAUACCUUACUGCUGAGGUAUUGGAGUUGGCAGGAAAUGCCUCUAAAGAUCUAAAGGUGAAGCGUAUCACUCCUCGUCAUUUGCAGCUAGCCAUCCGUGGGGAUGAAGAAUUAGACUCCCUCAUCAAGGCCACCAUUGCAGGAGGAGGUGUUAUUCCUCACAUCCACAAGUCUCUGAUCGGAAAGAAGGGACAGCAGAAAACUGCAUAA